AUGGCCGUUAAGAUUGCUGUCAUCUUCUACUCUCUCUACGGACAUAUUGGCCAGCUCGCCCAAGAGUCAAGAAGGGUAUCGAGUCCGAGGGCGUCGAAGUCACCCUCUUCCAAGUGUAAGUACGAACUUUCUAGCAUAAAGCUUAACGCUCACGCCUUCCAAAUCCAGCCCCGAGACUCUGACCCCCGAGGCAAGUCUCAAAUUCCCACGAUCCUCACCAAGCUUGGUGCUCCUCCUCGCAACACCGAAAUUCCGACCAUCACCCCUGACGACUUGAAGAACUUUGACGGUUUCGCCUUUGGCAUUCCUACUCGUUAUGGUCGUGCCCCGGCUCAAAUCAGCGCAUUCUUCGAUGCGACUGGCGGUCUCUGGGCCACCCAAGCCCUGAGCAAGAAGUUCGCGACCGUCUUUGUCUCGACCGGCUCCCAAAACGGCGGACAAGAGACCACCGCACUCACCACGAUGCCGUUCUUUGCGCACCACGGGAUCAUCUACGUUCCUCUCGGAUACCGUGCUCCCGAACUCGGUGGAGUCAAGGACAUCCGCGGCGGAGGUCCAUUUGGCGCUGGGACCAUCGCUUCCAGCGACGGCUCCCGCCAACCCUCCGCAGAAGAACUCACCGUCGCCCAGACGCAUGGAAAGCACUUUGCCGAGGUUGUCAAGACGUACAAAAAGGGCGAGGCUGCUGCGUUGGCGCCUCCCCCGGCCAAGGCGACCAAGUCUCCGAAAAAGGGCUUCUUUGCUAAGCUCUUGAAGUAG